GUGAAGCAAGUCAGUCUUUCGUCGUUUUUUCACUUGUUCGUAUCGUCGUAAGUCGUGUACCAAAGUUUUGUUUAAAAGAGGAAAAUUAAAUUCUUGAUACAUUGUUAAACUUUUCCGAAAUACGAAAGAAUAAAUAAAGUUGCAAAUUCCGUGUGCAACACUGCUGUGGAGAAAACAAAAAAAAAAAAAAACAAAACCAAUAAAUAAUUUCUUUUUAAUCUUCCCCUGUGAAAGAAAAGCCGUCAAAAUUGAAUCGACAAAGAUUGACGAGACUUUUUCCUCUACCUCGUCGGCAAUGGAGGAUAAAGCAACGACAAAAGACCUGGAUCAAUGGAUUGAGCAAUUAAACGAAUGCAAUCAAUUGACAGAAACGCAGGUUAAAACCUUGUGUGAAAAGGCCAAGGAAAUUCUGUCGAAGGAAUCAAAUGUUCAAGAAGUGAAAUGCCCGGUUACAGUGUGUGGCGAUGUACACGGUCAAUUCCACGAUCUUAUGGAACUGUUUCGGAUAGGCGGCAAAUCACCUGACACGAAUUAUCUCUUUAUGGGCGAUUAUGUAGAUCGUGGGUAUUAUUCAGUUGAGACCGUCACUUUAUUGGUAGCACUAAAAGUACGCUACCGUGAAAGAAUUACCAUAUUACGUGGCAAUCACGAGUCGAGACAGAUUACGCAAGUCUAUGGAUUUUACGAUGAAUGCCUGCGUAAAUACGGUAACGCCAAUGUUUGGAAAUAUUUCACCGAUUUAUUUGAUUAUCUACCACUGACUGCUUUGGUGGAUGGGCAAAUAUUUUGUUUGCAUGGUGGCCUCAGUCCAUCAAUUGAUAGUUUGGAUCAUAUACGUGCGCUAGAUCGCCUGCAAGAAGUGCCACACGAAGGUCCCAUGUGCGAUCUACUUUGGUCGGAUCCGGAUGACCGAGGUGGUUGGGGUAUUUCUCCACGUGGAGCUGGUUACACAUUUGGUCAGGACAUUUCGGAGACAUUUAAUAACACAAAUGGUUUAACAUUGGUAUCACGCGCUCAUCAAUUGGUUAUGGAAGGCUACAACUGGUGUCACGAUCGUAAUGUUGUCACAAUAUUUUCAGCGCCAAAUUAUUGUUAUCGUUGUGGUAAUCAGGCGGCCCUUAUGGAAUUAGAUGAUUCACUCAAAUUUUCAUUCCUCCAAUUCGACCCAGCACCUAGACGUGGUGAACCGCACGUUACACGAAGAACACCCGAUUAUUUCCUUUAAGAAAAAGCACCAACAACAAUAGCAACAACAAAAACAUCCAU